UAUACGCUAUUAAAAGCUAAAUAAAAUCCCAAACCUCUGGAUAAAUCUCUAUGUAUUACUUGUUUGUUGAGCAUUGAGACAUCUUGUUUAUCGAGCAUUCAGACAUGGAGUACAUUAGUCCGGAGGGCCUGCGUGUAGAUGGGCGUCGUCCAUUAGAAAUGCGCCAACUGCAUGCACAAGUUGGAGUUGUUGACAAAGCAGAUGGGUCUGCUAUCUUUGAAAUGGGGAAUACUAAAGUCAUGGCAGUGGUAUAUGGGCCUCGCGAGGUCCAAAACAAAAGUCAGCAGCUCCAUGAUCAGGCUUUGGUUCGUUGUGAAUAUAGUAUGGCAAAUUUCAGCACGGGAGAUCGUGUGAGACGUCCAAAAGGUGAUAGACGAUCAACAGAAAUUUCUCUAGUCAUUCGCCAAACAAUGGAAGCAGCCAUAUUGACACGUUUAAUGCCACGAUCUCAGAUAGACAUAUUUGUUCAAGUUCUUCAAGCAGAUGGAGGAACAAGAUCUGCAUGUAUCAAUGCAGCAACUUUAGCACUUGCUGAUGCUGGCAUUCCCAUGUGUGAUUUGAUCACUUCCUGUGCUGCUGGGUACCUUAAUAGUACACCUUUGCUAGAUAUGAACUAUGUCGAAGAUAGUGCAGGGGGUCCUGAUGUUACAGUGGGACUCAUGGUGAAAAUGGAAAAAGUGACACUUCUUCAGAUGGAUGCAAAGCUCCCACUGGACAUAUUUGAAAGUGUGAUGCAACUAGCAAUUGAAGGUUGCAAAGCAAUAGUUCGUUACAUCCAAGAGGUACUACUGGAGAAUACAAAACAGCUAGAAUAUCAAAAAGGACUCAGGACGUAGGGCCCAUGCAUUUGACCAUGAGAAAUGAAUGCUGUUCUCCAUGUAGUAGAAUAUCCCAUCACAUUUUUGAGGCUCCUGUAAAUUUCCAGUCAACUCUCAUUGACAAACAGCAACUAACAGUCUUUAUGGCUCGCAAAAUCUCUCAAAGGCUGCUUGUCUUGAAGUUUGCUAAAGAACUACAGAAGCAGUGAUACAUGCUCGUGGAUGAGGGAAAUAUAACAUUGAAAGUGAUAUAUGUUGGUGGAUUAGGAAAAUUAAACAUAUGUAUCUUUUUAUUUUUCAGUAAAUUUGAAACUUAGUCCAUAUCUGAUUGUUGUAUUCAAGUUGCAUUCACUUUAUGCUUUGCGCUCUACAAAUAUUUUUGUAGACUACUUAAAUAAUUACUGUUGAACUAGACAAUAAGGUUUAUUCCUUGACAUUAAAUAUUACUGCACGUGCUUCCUUCUCAA